AAAUAUAACUAUAGAUACAGAAUGUGUAUGUAGAACAAGAGAGCACCCGGAGACAGAGAAAGAAAGAGAGGAAGAAGAGGAGAGAGAUGGGGGAGAUAAUUACAUGGCUACUGUUCUUCUUCAUCCACAUAGCUCUCCUUGUUGUAGUUGUUUAUCAGCUUAUGUGCUUAGCGGAUUUAGAGUUUGAUUACAUUAAUCCUUAUGAUUCUGCAUCUCGCAUAAACUUUGUGAUAUUACCAGAAUUUAUUACACAUGGAGUUUUAUGCUUAAUAUAUCUUUUCACUGGGCAUUGGGUGAUGGUCUUACUUGGUUUGCCAUAUCUUUACUACAAUAUUCGAUUGUACACUCGGAAGCAACAUCUUGUGGAUGUCACAGAGAUCUUUAACCACCUAAGCUGGGAAAAAAAGCAACGGCUUUUCAAACUCGGAUACCUUAUAUUUCUCCUCUUCAUCACCUUAUUUUGGAUGAUCUAUAAUGCAUUGGAAGAUGAUGAAAUGUAGGGUCUUGAAGGUCAACCAGAUGCACCAAAAGUUGAAAGAAGGUGCCCUCACAUACUUAGGUUUAGAUUGUGACACUAGCUCUUCACUUAUAAUUUUAUAAAAAAUCAUUUAUUGUCUUCACGAGUUAUUUAACAAUUUGGUAUUAUUCGUGUUUGUUGUAUUAUUAGCGUUAUUUUGCAUUUGUUUUAUUUCAAGGAAUGCAGAAAUAGAGUUCUUUCUUUAGAAUUAUGUUAGAGGAUUUGGUUGUCAUGUUGUUGAUUUUUUGUGAAUUUUUAUUGGAUAAUGGUUUUUUGUGAUCUGUCUACUGAUAAAGAUGGAAUAUUGUAGGAGUUUUUAAUUUUUGGGAUGUUAAAUAUUGAUUGUUGUUUUAUUGA